CUUUCCGUGAGUACGACAUGCUCAAAACCCACCGCUGCACGGACUUCGGCAUGGAGAAGGACCUGGUGCCGGGGGAUGGUGUGGUGACGGGGCGAGGCGAGAUCAACGGGCGAACUGUCUUCGUGUUCAGCCAAGAUUUCACCGUCAUGGGGGGGAGCCUCUCCGAGACCCACGCCCAAAAGAUAUGCAAGAUCAUGGACCAAGCACUGCAGCUGGGGUGCCCCGUGAUUGGGCUGAAUGACUCGGGGGGAGCGCGCAUCCAAGAAGGGGUUGAUUCGCUCGCCGGAUACGCGGACGUUUUUCAACGCAACGUGGAUGCUUCGGGGUCGAUUCCGCAGCUGUCUUUGAUCAUGGGGGCAUGUGCGGGCGGGGCGGUGUAUUCUCCAGCUAUGACGGACUUCAUAUUCAUGGUGAAGCGGUCUUCCUACAUGUUCGUUACAGGCCCAGGCGUGGUGAAGACGGUCACCCAGGAGGAAGUGACGCAGGAGGUCCUAGGAGGGGCCCAAUCCCACACCACCAUGUCCGGGGUAGCGCACGCGGCCUACAACAACGACCUGGAGGCGCUGCGGGCGGCGAGAGAGCUGUACGGCUUCCUUCCUUUGAGCUGCAAAGAAAAGCCCCCAGUGAGGAAAACCAGUGACUCCCGUGACCGGGUUGAUGAAUCGCUGAGGUACUUGCUUCCGCAAGACUCUAACGUCCCGUACGACAUGAAGCACGUUGUCUCCAAGGUUGUGGACGACAACACUUACUUCGAGAUCAUGCCGGACUGGGCGAGGAACAUCACUGUGGGAUUUGCCCGGAUGGAGGGACAUCCAGUGGGGGUCGUCGCCAACAACCCGAUGUUCUUGGCCGGCUGUCUCGACAUUGACUCUUCCACCAAGGCGGCUCGAUUUGUUCGCUUUUGCGACGCGUUCAACAUCCCUCUGCUGACGUUCGUCGACGUGCCGGGGUUUUUGCCGGGGACUGCGCAAGAGCACGGAGGCAUUAUCAGACAUGGAUCCAAGCUGCUGUUCGCGUUCGCGGAGGCUUCUGUGCCGAAGCUGACGGUAAUCACACGCAAGGCUUACGGCGGCGCCUACGACGUCAUGAGCUCGAAGCACCUGAGAGGAGACAUGAACUACGCGUGGCCGUCGGGGGAAGUGGCCGUGAUGGGUGCGAAGGGGGCCGUGGAGAUCAUCUUCAGAGGCAAAGACGUGGCCGAGCGGGAGAAGGAGUACACGGAGCUCUUCUGCAACCCAAUGGUUGCCGCUCGGCGAGGGUUCGUCGACGACAUCAUCGACCCCGCCUUGACACGUCGAGUACUGUGCCAAGACCUGCAGCUUUUGCGAGAUAAACCUGCGAAGACGUUCCCCAAGAAGCACAACAACAUUCCGCUCUGAGCGCAACCAAGCGUGGUGGCCUGAUGUGACCAUUCCCAUGGCGCGAUCUAGGAGGCUGCGUGUGCUAUCGUAACUGAUACAGUGCGUUGGUCUGGCGGCUAGCAAGGGUGUAUUGCCCCGGUUGCUCAAUGGUGUGUCGUAGUAGAAACGCGGUAAAGAUACGUGGGGAUACGCAAGAGUGCUGGGAUGCGGGAAUGUGUCUGGGAAUGCAAGCGGCGAAGCCGACGCGUGCUCUUGAGGCGCAGAGCAGAGUUGAUCCGUGAUCUUAGUGAAACUUCGAACUGUCUUCUGUAGCAGAGGUUCCAUGUGUUGCUCCUGUAUAUUUGGCAUGGAACCUUCGCCAACGGUGUUUUUGUCGAGUUUGCUGGCUUUCGAAGAGUCGUGGCAAGC